AUGCAGUCUGUUUCCCCCACCCCCACGGCGACGGCUGUGCCUGUGCGCCCAUCGUUGCGUGCCGUCCCGCGCUCGCUCGCUUCGGCGGAAAGGCUUGGGAUGGGCCGUGCCGCGACAUGCACCACCACAGCACUCCACGCGCAGUGCGGUGGCUGGGCGGAACCGGUGGAGGCGCGCAAGGAGGACGGGCCCGUGCCUCAGGAGCGAGUCCGAGGGGAGGACGAGGCCAUGGCCGGGGAAGACGAGGGCCGUAGCCCCACGGACUAUGGCCGCCGAGCGCACAUCUUCGAGGAGAGCUCCCGGGUGUUCCGGGUCCUCAAGGAGCGCCGUGAUGGGGACGGCGGUGCCAAGCCUGGUGCUGCCGCGACGCGCCAUGGCUGA